AUCAAUUCAUAACUCCAUCAGCUGGUCAAACCACCCAUCCUUCCUCCACUACUGAAAGUACCACUCAACCUUCCUCAACUACAGAGGAUAUCAUUCAACCUUUCUCCACUACUAAAAGUACCACUCUACCUUCUUCCACUACUGAGGGUGCCACUAAACUUUCCUCAACUACUGAGGGUACCACUAAACUUUCCUCAACUACUGAGGGUACCACCCCACCUUCCUCCACUACUGAGAAAUCUAGACCAAGUAAGUUGUUUGUUUGUUUGUUUGUUUAGAAUGCGUACUUAAUCACGAAUCAUGCCUUCACUUUUUCCCAAGCGCGUGCCCAAUGGUGUGCCCUUAAUCCGCCAUAUUCAAUUUGAGAAGAAUGGAAAUUACAAAGUAUAACUAUACACUAUAGUGGGUAUUUAGAUCUUGAAUUUGUCGUUUCUUCUUCGCUGUGGUUGUUGCGAAAUCUACUUCUUCAUUGUCACCAUUCGCGAUAUCAUUUAUUGGCUUUAAUAAUUAAACUGUUCUUCGUCGAGGUUCAGUACUCCAGAGUAACAAGACGUUAAAUUAGUGAAGACUAACUUCAUUUAUACUGGUAUUUACACUGCUAACUCUAUCGUUCUCCCACAGGUCCACUAAGGGUAAUCACUUAACGUUUUAGUGUUACAACAGGAGGAAACCUAAACUAACUCAAGUUUGCAGUUAAUACCGAUGUUAUACGGGAUACCAUAGAUAGAUAGCUCUUUCAGUGCUAAACGCCUGUUCUCACCGAUCACUAGUGGUUCAGUGUUACGAAAAUAAAAAACUAAACUAACUUAAUUUGUGGACAUUAUUCAUAAUUCACAAUCGGAGCCCCAUAUAUAUCCUAGGAAACGGGAAUAAACGCAGGAAAACGAAACUACUUGCGAAAGGCCAAAUCACUGUCAAGUAGAGGACUCCUUUUUCUUGUCGUUUAUUUCAAUUUAUAACGACUUUGUGUAUAUUUUAACAUUCUUUCCCAACAACGAAAGCUUCAAACGAGACUGCUAUGAAAACGAGCGCUCUUUCUCCAGUUUUCUGUGUAGAAAAUGUGAAAGUAUGACAACGUAGUGAUUGUGUUUAUCCAGAGGUGAAAAACAUUUUAUUGAGAUUGUAAUGUCAAUAUAUAGCUUAUUCCGUCAAAAAUGAAGACGGCCAUGGAAGGAAAGUUUUAUUUUCAUGUUUUGGCAUUAAUAUGAAAGUAAACAAGAGGUCAAAUUCCAUGAGCGAACUUCAAAUGUUAUUGAUUCGCAUGGAAAAUUUUGUACUUAUGUGUGAAAUAUGUUCGCGCUUCUUUAUUUCAAUUUUUUGGGCAAACGUUUCCUUUUCCGAUUGACCCAAGUAUUUUUGUACGGCAAAUAUUUCAGAAUCUGACCAUAUAUCUUCUCAAAAGAAUUUUUUCAACUUUCAUGCUUAGUUUUAUAUAUAAUUUGUGGAAAACGUGUUGAUUUUUAGUCAACAUUUUUCUAGUCCUGCGAUAGCCGGCAAUUUCCCGCGGUUAUUCCCGUUUCCUAGGAUACGGGGCCCCGAUUACGAUUUAUCCAUAAAGUCCAUAAGAUAUACCCGGAUAGUAAGCUGUUUUAUACUGGGCAUUUUUCAACUACAGUAUAUAACUAUGGGGUAUUUACCCCAGUAGGCCCUUUGCUUGCCCCAGUAUAGAGAAACAAGAAUUUCAGAAAAAGUGAGCCCUUUUGAUCAUUAUUAAUAGUCAACCUUGUUGAAAAAGCUGCUUCUGCCUUCUUUCUCAUAUAUCCUCUCACAUUCUCGACAUUCCAUCUUAUAAAAAUCAGAACAUGCAGGCAGGGACUGGCUGGGGGUGAGGGUUGGAACUCCCAAUGUUAAUUAGCGUUUGAAGUAAAUCUACUAAAUUUCACUUACACCCCCUCCCUCAUACAUGCAAGUAAGGCUGGCGCCGCCCCCUGAGCGCGGGCGUAACUGUGCGGGGAGAAGACCCUCAUCGAAACUUGGUCCCAGUAGUUGCAAUUUCUUAAAAAUAUGCCAUGUCGAGUGUGUCUGGUUGACUCAAGAGCUCUCAAAGGACUCUCAGAGGUACAGAAGGGCCCACGUAAAAGACACUUGAGGCACAAACACACAAGAUUGUACCACUUCUCGUACUUUUGUAGCAAAAUGUUUGUGUGACAAUGAAACUUCAGAAAAAUCGUCGGAGGACAAGAAAAUUCGCAUGGAUCUUCUAAUACCGCUGGUUGUUUUGGCCCUAUGUUUUCUUCUCUCACUUGCUGUGAUUAUAUACCAAAGUCGUCGUCUCCAAAAUAGCUAUAGACUGGCGAGUCAUAAAGGUAAAUUUGGUACCUUUGUAAUCGUUUACCUUAAACGAGUUAAUUUUAUAGUUUGUUUACACUAGUCAGUGGAUAUCUCUUGGAAUUUGUAACUGUUCUGCGUACAGAGGUCCAGCAUGGGCAAUCUUGUGUUGAUCCAGGAUGAAACCUAAGUCGUAACUUUAUUUUUGUUGGAUAUCUGUAUCAUCUCCAACACUUCUCCCUAUACAGACUGAGCUCAGCGAGAGCUCCGAAUGGACGACUUGCGCUUUAGACUAAAUUUUAAUCUAAGUAAGAACAACGAAAUUUAUUACCACAGCUGGAAAGAGCGUCUUGGAAUUAGUAAUAUUACAAAGUUUGGUUGCGAAAUGUUGUAAAAUACGGAAAAUAUAGCCCUUCAAAGUUGGCAAAUCUGUAUACUUUUGUAUUACGUGCGUGAAUUGGUAACUAAAUUAGUUACCAAUUUCCGCACGUAAUAGAAAUGUACACAAAUUUGCCAACUUCACAAGGCUAUAUUUUCCGUAUUUUACAACAUUUCGCAACCAAACUUUGCAGUUUUUCUAAUUUUGAUAACUUCUUUCAGAAAAUAUCCUUUGUUAUUCCCAGAUUAAAAAUUUUUCUAAAGCGUAAGUCGUCCAUUGGUUCAAAUAUUCCAGAUAACCAGGAACACGCAAAAAAUUGGUAGAGUCAAACUGGAAUUACUGUCCUUAAAUUAUAAUAAACAAGUGAACUUAAUUUUACUUAUGUUUCAAAAACAUUUUAUUAUUUAAAUGACAAUAUCAGGUAAGGGGAUGCGUACGAAGGAAAUAAUUAAUCAUUGCAUAACUUACUGGUACCUUUUAGCUACAUUGUGUAAACUUUGUAGUUUCCAUUUCAGAACCUACAGGACAAGAAUCCUCGAAGUACAUGGUUAUGAAAGGCAACAGCGAUGUUGGUGGUGAUUAG